GAGAUGGGAGACGAGGGCAGGGCGAUGAAGGCGGAUGUAACGAAUUUGAUAAACCGAUCACGUCCGGAUGCAAAAGCCAAAGGAAAUCAAGGAACACCACUAAUAUCCCAUUCGCUGGUAUAUAACGCUAAAGCCAAACGCCAUUCUUUUUUCCAUUUCAUUCCCCCAUUUUUGAUUUUUCUCUCUCGCUCGCUCUCUACUUCCCACUUCUCCACCUCCCAAACAACCAACAAAUGGCGGAGCAGCUCACCGAUGAUCAGAUCUCUGAGUUCAAGGAAGCCUUCAGCCUAUUUGACAAGGAUGGCGACGGUUGCAUCACCACAAAGGAGCUCGGGACUGUGAUGAGAUCCCUAGGGCAGAAUCCGACGGAGGCUGAACUCCAGGACAUGAUAAACGAAGUUGAUGCUGACGGAAACGGAACAAUUGAUUUCCCGGAGUUUCUAAAUCUGAUGGCGAGGAAGAUGAAGGACACAGAUUCCGAGGAAGAACUGAAGGAGGCGUUCAGAGUUUUUGACAAGGAUCAGAACGGCUUCAUUUCUGCUGCGGAGCUGCGUCAUGUGAUGACGAAUCUUGGGGAAAAGCUUACUGAUGAAGAAGUCGAUGAGAUGAUCAGGGAAGCUGAUGUUGAUGGUGAUGGCCAAAUCAACUACGAGGAGUUCGUUAAGGUUAUGAUGGCCAAUAUGGAGGCUUCAAAUUCAGUUGAAGAGACUGCAAAUUCAGUAGAAAAUGUUGCAAUUUCAGUUGAAAAGGCUGCAAAUUCAGUUGAAGGGCAUACAAUUCUUAAUCCUCAAGAUCAAAAAAUUCCUAAAGAUGGAAUGAAGUUUGAUUCAGAAGAAGACCUUUACAAUUACUUUAAAACAUAUGCAUUCCAGACUGGAUUUGAUAUUGUGGAAGGGAAACAUGGAGAUUCUAAAAAAAGAGUUGUUUAUAUCGUUAGUUAUGAUGAGACUGAAUGUGAUAUACAAUGUUCUUGUCAUUUGUUUGAGUUUCGAGGAAUUAUUUGUAGGCAUGUAGUGAAAAUAUUGAUUGAGAAGGAUGUUAAAGAAAUCCAUCCACGGUAUAUUUUGUCUCGGUGGAGGAAAGAUGUGAAGCAUGGACACUACUUAGUGAUAAAUUGUUAUGAAGAUUUGAUGAGUGGUGAAAAUGCUAAACAAUUUGACCACUUGUGUUCCAAUUUUUACGAGGUUGCGCAUAUUGCUAAUUCCCACGAAAAGUAUCAAUACUUGCUAAGUUGUGUAAAUAUGGCUAAAGAAAAGUUAAAUGAUGAUUCAAUUUGGGGUUGUAGUAGUAACAUCAAUUUGGUAGUUGAAGAUGUUCGUGUUUCAGACUCGACUACGAAGUUGUUACCACCCUUGCAAGUGCGUAGUAAAGGCCGUCCACCAUCAAAAAGAAAAGAAUCUAGAUUAGAACAAGUUAUCAAGAAGAAAACAAAGAAAAAUGUACGUGAAAAAACAAACAACAUACAACAAGAUCAAAUGGAUUCAAGUCGUGAGCAUGGAGCAAAUUCCUAUAAUAACGAGCCGAACUGCCAGUUUGAUCUUAAUUUACCGGUUUGAAUGAUAAAGACCGAGGAGUAGAUGGGAAUAGUAUAAAAUAGGUUUUUUGAAAAAAGAUUAAUUUUUAGUUUCAUUUAAUUUGCUUUUAAUGAUUUUGAAAGAACCG